AUUACAGAACGAUUUUUAUUGGAUAGGCAAUAAGUCUAUUUUUGGGUAAAAUUCUUAAAUGGCAUACUGUUUUUUAUCAACUCAUUUUGUGGGCGGAAAAUUACGUGAGUUUUCACAUUUACCAAAUACAAUUAUUUAACAAUCAUGAUCUUAUCCAAUGAGAAUUAUUUAUACCGGAUUCAUUAAAUUGAUAAUUUCUUUCAACUCCUUAUAUUGGAAACUUUGAAAAGAAAAUUUCUCUCGCACAAUUUAUUUCUUUUUAAAGUUAUGUAUAUCACUUUCGGCUCAUAUCUUAUUCUCUUCAUAUUUUAUUUAUCAAUCAAAACGGUUGAAAGUCGCUCUCUUGAUGGAAGUGAUAAUAAUCUUCUCUUUCCUGAUAAAGGAAAACCUGCACAACCUUAUCUAAGAGAGUUUCCCCCGGAUCCAUUUUAUCCGGAUGGCAAGGGGAAAAUGUUAAAAUCACCUGAUAGCUCGAUGAUCAAAUGUACAGAUCCUUUGCCGAAAGGAACCUAUCCUUCUCCACGUUGUAUCUUCAAUCAAUUUACGUAUAAUCUGAGUCCUUUGGAUGUAGAACGAAAAUCAGAACUUCGAUCAAAACGAAAAAUUAGUCAUAUGACGACAUGGUUUGGACAAUAUAUUUCAUUUGAUAUCAGCGCAUCAAGAAAUGAAAUUUCUUCAACCCCGUUAUAUAUACCCGCUGAUGACGCAAAUUAUAAUUCUCCUAAUUCAAUCCCAAUCACAAAGUCACUUCCGUUUAACAUAACUGGACCCAAUACCUUAGAUACUACAGAUACAUUAAAUUCUGUACGUAAUGGAGUUGAUGUUGUAACCCCGUUUCUUGAUUUAAAUAUGAUUUAUGGUUUAUCUGACGAUCAACUUGCAAAUUUACGUGAUGGAACUAGUUGUAAAUUGUUAACAAGUAAUAAUGGAAAAUAUCCAUCAAAAGAUGCUGAUGGAGCGUAUAAAUUGGGAAUAUCUACAAAACGGGCUUUGACUUUAUUCACUUUGGCAAUUAAUACUGUGUGGAUUCGUGAACAUAAUCAUCAAUGUGAUGAAUUAUUUAAAGUAUAUGGUAACUCUUGGAAUGAUCAACGAUAUUUUGAAGAAGCUAGACGAUGGACCAUUGCGUUAUACCAAAAGACUGUUUCUGAAGAAUAUAUUGGUGUUAUUACUGGACGUCCUCUUCCACCUUAUGAAGGAUAUAAACCAGAUAUAAUUCCUGGCAUUGAUACUUUUUUUUCCACAGUCACGUUCAGAUACGGUCAUUCAGAAUUAAGUGACACGUAUAGAAUUCAAGAUAAAUUUGGUGACACGGUUGUUGAUCUGACAUUGAGUCAAAUAAGAAAUCAAAGUCUUUUAGAAACUUUUGGCUUAAAUAGUGUUUUACGUUCAAUGGCUUUACAGAGACAAGAGGAGAUUGACAUUUUUUUCAGCGAUUCUAUAAGGAAUUUUAUAAGUAUAGAACCUAACGUUUACGAUUUACCCGCAUUUGAUAUUUUAAGGUCCAGGGAUAGAGGCAUUGCAUUGUAUAACACGGUUCGAGAAGCUUAUGGAUUAUCCAGAAAAAAUACGUGGAGCGAAGUAACAAGUAAUGAAUAUCUUCAAAAUAAAUUACAAUCGUUAUACCCAAAUGGUCCUGAUACAGCAGAAUCAUUUGUUGGAGCUUUAUGUGAAAAUCAUUUAGAAGGUUCAAAUUUUGGAGAGCUAUUAAAUAAGAGCAUAGUGACACAGUUUAAUCGUAUUCGAGAAACUGAUAGAUUUUGGUGGGAAUCACCUGAAAUGUUUAAUGAAAGUGAAAGAUCAAUUUUAAGAGAUACAACUUUUCAUGAUAUUAUAGUUCGUAAUCUUAAAAUUGAUGAUAAUAGUUCUCAAUUUAUUAGAAAUCUUUGGAUGGUUCAACCGAAUAAUGAAUUAGUUAGCGAGGAUGACAAAGAAUUUAAAACUAAAAUUGAUCCUUGGGCUCUUUAUACUAUUAGAUAUCGAUUGGAUAACACUCAUAUUCAUUUUAAAAUUGAGUUUCAAACCGCUGGAGGCGAAGGCUGGUUUGGAAUGGGAUUUGAUCCAUCAGACACUGGUAUGAAAGAUGCAGAAUUUAUUGUAGGAAUUGUCAAAAAUCAGAAUAUAGAUCUAUCAAAUUAUGUCGCUGCUAAAGAAGGAUAUCAUCCGCCUACGAAACAAAGUCUAGAAGGUCUUGAAAUUAAAAACGGGACCGUUGUUACACCUGAUGGUAAAGCAACAGUUAUAUUUAGUAGACUUUUGGAACCACCAAAUCGUAAAAAAAUUCGACGUGAACAGAUGAAAUAUAUUAUGGCGUAUAAUCCAAUGAGUAGCGCAUUUGGUUAUCAUGAGCAUAAUCGUCAAAUGAUCCUUAUUAACUUCUAUACAAAUGAAAUAUCUGCAUCAUCUGGAUUACAAAAUACGCGCUUUUUUCAUGGAUUAGGAAUGUUUUUAGCAUGGUGUGUUUCGGUAUCCACAUUCGGUGCAGCAGCAAUGGCUACUAUGGCGAAUACCAGAUCUCCACACGCAUGGUUUGGGAUUAACAGCUACAUGGGGGCAAGGUACUAUUGUUUCGGUUAACCAAGGAUAUCCAAGAUUUUUCAAGAGAGCUCAUAAAUGUUUUGGAGCUAUUUUACUUUUAGCUUCUUGGUGAAUU